GAAAGGUAUUGUUUCCCUUUAACCGGCUGACAUACUCUAGUAUAAAGGUACGCAAAUCUUUCAGCAUUGCAAGAUUUAGCAGGAAGUGAUAAUAUUAUUACUAUUUUAGCCUACUUUCUGUUUUGAUGUAAGAAGUAAAACGACAAACUGAAGAAAAUGUGCGACAAUUCUGGAAAGAAAAGUACUGGACGUGGUAAACCGCGGUUUACUAUUCCGAGUGAUAUUUUAAACGUGAGCAGAGACAAUUACAUUGCUGGAAUGGUAUUAAGUGGUGUUGGAGAUGCACUCGGAUAUAAAAAUGGCGAAUGGGAAAUGUGUCGAUCAGGACGGGAUAUUCAUAAAGAGGUGAAUUCGCUUGGUGGAAUCAAAAACAUAAUCCUGAAACCGCCACAGUGGAUCGUUAGUGAUGACACCAUCAUGCACCUUGCUACUGCUGAUGCUCUUGUUAAAUAUGGCGAAAAUAAUGACAAGGAGAAACUUUAUUCGCUACUUGCAGAAGAGUAUAAGAAAAGCAUGAAAGACAUGAACAAUAGGUUAGUUGGUCUGACCUGUCAGGCGAUGUGCAUGAAAUUAGAUCCUCUACGUCUGAAAGGUUAUCGUAUUCCAUUUAAUCUAAAUGGAGGUGGCUGUGGUGCGGCUAUGAGAUCGAUGUGCAUCGGCUUGAGAUACCCGAGGCCGGAUGAAAUCGCCCACCUUAUAUCAAUAAGUGUAGAAGCUGGAAGAAUGACACACCACCAUCCAACCGGAUAUUUAGGAUCACUUGCGUCUGCCCUUUUUGUGUCCUACGCCGUCCAACAAAAGGGAAUGAAUGGAUGGGGAGCAGGUCUGUUAGAAACACUUCCUGCAGCAAAAACAUAUAUCCAGUCAUGUGACACGGGGUUUGAAAACGAGAAUCAGAGAGAAUGGUACCAUUUUGAAGAAAAGUUGACAGAAUAUCUACGGAUUCGGGGCUUAUUAGAUGGAAAAAGGGAUCCAAAAUUUCCACCAAAUUUUGGAGUUGAAAAACGUGACCAGUUCUAUGCGUACUUAAGUUUUGAUGGUGUUGGCGGAAACAGUGGCUAUGACGCACCUUUAAUAGCGUAUGACGCAUUACUUGGUUGUAAUGGAAAUUGGGAAGAGUUAUGCGGACGAGCGAUGUUUCAUAGUGGUGACAGUGAUAGCACAGGGGUUAUUGCCGGUUGUCUCUAUGGUAUUGUUUUUGGACUGAAGAACGUCCCUGUGGACAACUACAAAUAUGUAGAAUACUACAGCAGACUAGAAGAUACCGCGUCGAAAUUGUACAAUCUUGCACUUAAAGUGUAAAACAGUUCCGUUAUAACCCACAUUUUCCUUUUAUAUAAACAGUAGCAUCAGAAUGAAAAUACCUUUUUUUGUAACCGGUUCAAGCAUGCAAUUUGCUUAACCCUGCAUUAGAAUGACUUUAAUUCUAAUUCUUUGUAUCUGUUGUAUCUGUCAUUAUUCAAAAUUAUGACACCACAAUAGUAAGGAGAGCCGCAUCGACAACAAAUUGUCAAUUAUUUAAAUAUGUGAUUAUUAAAUGUAUAUCACGAUUUGUUGAUAGCUUAUUGAUACAGGAUACACUUGUUUUUCCAACUGGUUCUCAGAGUAUGAAAGAGCUCCAACAAUACGUUUUCUGGUUUUAAUUACAAAUAGAUUAUAUGUACGUAUAUACAUAUCAAACUUUUUAUUUCAAAUACUAGCAGCUGUUCUACUUUUUAAAACAUAAAUGUUACGAUAUCAAGAGAUGUUUAUGGGAGGACGGGGUUGGGGAUGGAAGGAGAAAUGGGAAGGGGAAGGAGAGCUAGAAGUCUUCUUGGAGCAAAAGAAAAAUUUGUUUCUUUCUAUGAAAGUCAGAUUUUCUUCUCCAGAAUUUAAAAAUCUUUAAACCAAAGAUAAAUACUUUCUUUUCAAAAUAUGUUUUGUUACACAUUUUUAUUUAAAAACUAAUAAGCAUGUUAAAUAUAUAAACCCUGUAUCGAAUAGUUUUCAUACCUAAAUGCAAGCAUUGUAUACUUCUUUGGCUACUUUUUUCUCAAUAGGUAGCAGUUUGAAACAAAGUUUUGUUCCUAAUUUUGACCAUCUCUAAAAGCAAAAUGGUUUAAAUCUGCUAUUUAUGUAUAUUUAGAUCAAUCUCGCUAUAUAAUUACAAAACAUUUUUUGUUCUUAUCAAGGAAGAGCACCACUCCCGUCGACGUUAAAUAUCAAAAGCGAGAUCUUUUUCGAGUAUUAAAGAUGCAUUAUGUAAAUUUGAUUGCAUUAUGUUAUAUGACAAAAUCAAAUUAUGAAAAGCAACCUAUACAGAAUAAAUUGACUACUAAAAUGCACUAUCAUUUGAAACAAUUAUAUGUAUAGAUAUUUCCUUCGGAAUAAAAAGAUUCAAGUUCAAACUCA